AUGCUCAGGAUGACCUGUCCACAUUUUCUAUCCCAUGAUCUAGUCCGAGAGACCUUUUUGCGAGGUGAUACCCUCAAGUUGACUAGCAGCUUGCCGGUCAAUAAGACCACUGUUGGAUCUGUCAUUAACAUGGGAUCUGGUCUCAUCCACCUGGAGCUGAUUGGAUUCGACACCAUUUUAGAUCAGGGUUUUGCGGCUGUUGUUACUCAUCUCACCUCCCUGCGUGUGCUCAAUCUGCGUGGGUGCACUAAAGUGGGCCAAAAGACCAUCGAGACAGCUGCAAAACGCUGCCCUAAUCUGACCACUGUCAACCUCAAUUAUACAUCUGUAUCCCCCGUUUCUUUGGUCCCUCUCCUGCUCACUUGUCAGAAACACCUUGAGGUCCUUAAGUUGGCUGGAAUAUCAAGCUGGGCUAAUACAACUAUUGUCAAGGCUCUAUCCCUUCUCCCUCAAGGCGGGGUUUUGUGUUUUCCUGCCCUAAGAACACUCAAACUCCGCCAAACGUCGCUCACCGACAUAUCGCUCAAUUUGCUCCUUCCGUCAUGCCCAGCUCUCCGUCGGCUGGAUAUAUCGUUCACCGGUAUCCGUCACCCUCACCAGUUCAUGCAAGGAUCGAGGAUCGCCCUUGAGAAGUUGUCUUUAACAUCGACAGCAGUUUCAUCUGAUUUUCUUGUUACAGCCAUAUCUUGUAUCCCUAGUCUGCGCAUAUUGUCGAUUGGCGCACUUGGAGGUGGGCCAGGGCAAGCACCAGCCAUCCGCAAUACGACAGCAAUGACCCUGACUGAUGAUGCUCUUUCAUGCCUUGUCGACGUUCUGGACACGUAUGAAAGCAUUAAGAGCAUCAGUCUGGUUGGCAAUACAAAGCUUGGUAUGACAGGUGGGCGCAAUCGCGCAUUGGCCGAUUUCGUGGCACGUAUUGGCAGGAGGCUCAAGGUGUUGAACUUGGCCGGUAUACCUUCUCUUCGAUCGGAGGACUUGAUAGGUUUGUUAGUAGACAAUGCGGGACAAGAGCCCUCUCGUCUUCAAGAACUUAUCUUAAACAACACGGCAGUCGACGACGACGCCGCGCCUUACAUUUCAAGUUGUUCUUCGCUCGAGACGUUGGAGGUAGCAGGAACGAAGUUUACGAGCCGAGGACUCUUCACAAUCGUCGAUGCAUGUACUCUGUUGACGAAGCUUGAUCUUACAAGUUGUCGUGGCGUUCGCAUUGUAGAUCGGAGGCGGUUUUUCCAGGUAUGUGACUAUAAGUAG